AAUCCUAAAUCAUAACCCUCGUUCCCACAAAGGCACCGCAUUUCUGCUUCGUCACAAAUCCGCACACAGCCGUUCAAUCAGAUCGAUCUAAUCUCGCCGGGAGAAAUGAGUGGACCGGGGAAGAAGGUUGCCGACGUUGCCUUCAAGGCCGGGAAGGCUAUCGAUUGGGAAGGGAUGGCGAAGCUGCUGGUCUCCGAGGAGGCUCGCCGCGAGUUCUUCACUCUCCGCCGCGCUUUCGACGAGGUCAACACCCAGCUCCAGACCAAAUUCAGCCAGGAACCAGAGCCUGUUGACUGGGAGUACUACAGAAAAGGGAUUGGAUCUCGUUUGGUCGAUAUGUACAAGCAAGCCUAUGAUGAAGUUCAAAUUCCUAAGUAUGUCGACAAUGUCACACCUCAGUACAAACCUAAGUUCGAUGCUCUGCUGGUAGAAUUGAAAGAAGCUGAGCAGUUGUCACUGAAGGAGUCUGAAAGAUUAGAAAAAGAAGUUGCAGAAGUCCAAGAUCUGAAGAAACGUCUUAGCACCAUGACAGCAGAUGAAUACUUUGAAAAGCACCCCGAACUCAAGAAGAAGUUUGAUGAUGAGAUUCGGAACGACUACUGGGGAUAUUAGAUUUGAUCGAAUGUUGCAUUCCAGACCAUUCUGAGGUGAUCUUGUUGAGUUUUUACUGCUAUUCAGAAAUAAAGAAAACGAGGAUGUUGUCAAUUCAUUCUGUCGGUUUGUAAUGACCGUGGACAUGAAUCUUAUACGCUAUGAGUUUGAGGCGCUUUGUUCAGUUUCUGUUGACGAUGAUGAAAAUGAAUCAUCCCAUUUCUUGUUA